UCUCUUUGAAAAUUAGAAUAUUAAAGAAUAUUAGAAUAUUAAAUGUCAUGCCCUAAAGCAGUUGUGACAGUGAAAAAAACGUGAGAGGAUCAUCGGAGAUGUUACCCCUGAAAGCAAAUCCAGGAUUAGUGUAAUUAGAAUGAGGAAAAACCUUGAGAGGAACCAAGACCCAAAGGGGGGGCCAAUCCUCCUCUGGCAGAUUGUGGAAGGUGUAAAUGGUUAAUCAUGAUAAACACUAUGAAUAAGUAUUAAGUAUCGAUUAGUAAGUAUUAGUAACUGAUUGAUAAUUAUAUGUGCUGCGUAACUAUUUAGAAUCGUAUGUCAUUUAUAUGUAUAGUUUACAUCACUGUUGGAGAACAAGGCCGGUUAAAAUUUCAAAGUCAGCCUCAUCCCUCUGCUCUGGUGCCUUGAACAAAUUAUGUUAACGAAAUUAUGUUAGGAUACUUCCUCCAUGCUCAAAAUCCUAUGUAAGACAGGUGGUUUUGACAAGGAUGGGUCUUGCUUGGUUGGUUUGGGACUACUUCAGGUUUAUCCAUGACUUUUAUUUUCUUUUUGUUUCUGUUAUUGAAGUUUGCAUUGACUUCUGUUUCGCAAUGAACCAGAAAUAUAGUUUGGGAACUACUUUUAUGUGCUGAAUUCAGUCCUGAGAGAUGAUAUUAUCCACCAGUUGUCAUCAUUAUAUACCUGUCUUAGCAUCCUCAGGGCAGAAAACCACAUAGACAAAAUAUACAGCAUUACCUUAAUACCUCCAAGCCCUAAUUGUUAUGUUGAUGACUGAAAUUCUGCUUCACACUCUGAGAACAGCAUCUCUAGGGUGCAGCUGUGUGUCUGUGAAGAUUAACAUUUGUGAUGGAGCCUCAUAAAUCCAGUGACAGAGAGGGAACCUCUGAUCAAAUUUGUGUUUCUGUGUAAUGUCUCCAGUAUGCAGACUCAGAGAGCAAUGUUUCCAGCACCCAGCGAUGUGUCUAUGAAGAGUGAUAGGUCUAUAGUGGAACCUCCUAAAUUUAGCAAUAGACCUGUUCCCUCUGGUCUAAAGUCAAGUGAAGAGGGGAAUGACCAGCUCCAGAAUCAGUUCACAUGUGCUGUUUGUCAGAAGCUUCUGAAAGAUCCUGUUUCCAUUAUCUGUGGACACAAGUUCUGCAGACAGUGUAUCAACAGCUACUGGGACCAGUCUUCUUCAUCAGGAGCCUUUGGCUGUCCCCAGUGCAGAAAGAGAUCUAGAACCCGUCCUGUUCUACACCCACACAAAACAAUGGAAGAGUCCAUGCAGCAGGACUCUUACCAAACAGCAGAUGAUGUCCUGCACAGAGUCUUACACACACACAAAACCAGUAUGAAGAACAAGUAUGAGAGCUUAUUUGAGGGAAUCAAAUCACAAGACAGUAAAACUCUCUUGAACAGAAUUUACACACAGCUCUACAUCAUAGAGGGAGAAAGUGCAGGCAUAAAUGAAGAACAUGAAGUUUUACAGAAAAUACCCAAAACACAACCCACACAAAAUGCUCCAGUCAGUUGGAACAAGUACCAGAGUCUAUAUGAGGGAAUUGAGACACAAGAGGAUAAAAUUCUCCUGGACAGAGUUUACACACAGAUCUCGAUUAUGGAGGGAGAGAGUAAAAGGCUAAAUGAAGAACAUGAGGUUUUACAGAUGGUUAAAACACACAGGAAACGACCCUUAAAUGAUGCUCAAAUAAGUUGCAAUGACAUUUUUCAGUCCUCAGUAAGACCAGGAUUUGAAGAAAGAGAAGACAAAGAAGAUAAACUAAAAACUGUCCUUACUAAAGGAAUUGCUGGCAUUGGCAAAACUGUCUCUGUGCAGAAAUUCAUUCUAGACUGGGCUGAGGGAAAAGCCAAUCAGGAUGUAAAUUUCAUGUUUGUGCUUCCAUUCCGGGAGCUGAACUUGAUUAAAGAUGAGCAGUACAGUUUUCAAAUGCUUCUUUGUGACUUCCAUCCUGAGAUCAAAGAUCUGAACUCAAAAAUAUAUGAUUCACACAAAAUUGUGUUCAUAUUUGAUGGCCUGGAUGAAAACAGAAUUCCACUGAACUUUUUUGAAUAUGAGAAAAUAUCAGACAUAACCAUGACAUCAUCAGUAAGUGUAUUAAUAGCAAACCUCAUCAAAGGAGAGCUGCUUCCCUCUGCUCUCAUCUGGAUAACCUCCCGACCAGCAGCAGCCAAUCAAAUUCCCCUUCAGUACAUCGACCGUGUGACAGAAAUUCAGGGAUUUAAUGACCCACAGAAGGAGGAGUACUUCAGGAAGAAAGUAUGUGAUCAAGCUCAGGCCAGUAAAAUCAUCUCACACAUUAAGAGCACAAAGAGUCUCCAUAUCAUGUGCCACAUACCAGUCUUCUGUUGGAUGUCAGCCGUUGUGCUUCAGCAAUUCCUGGAAUGCUGUAUCAAUGCAGAAAUUCCUAAAACUCUGACUGAGAUGUACAUACAUUUUUUACUUAUUCAGAUAAACAAGAAAAAAUGGAAAUACAGGAAAAGUACAGAACGAGAUGGAAAAACACUUCUAGAGAACAACAGAGACAUGAUUCUGAAACUGGCUGAACUGGCAUUCAAACAGCUAAUAAAAGGAAACAUCAUGUUCUAUGAAGAGGACCUGAGAGAGUGUGGCAUUGAUGUCACUGAGGCCUCAGUGUACUCUGGGAUUUGCACUGAGAUCUUUAAGGAGGAAUCUGUGCUUUACCAGAAGAAGGUCUACUGCUUUGUGCAUCUCAGCUUCCAGGAGUUCCUGGCUGCUUUGUAUGUGUUUCAUUGCUUUGUGAGCAAGAACAUGGAAGUACUGAACUUUUUUAAACCACUGUACAAAGAAUGGCCUGAAAAUGUUCCAAUGGAAGAGCUGUUAAAAAGAGCAGUGAAUAAAGCUUUAGAAAGUAAGGAUGGACACCUAGAUCUUUUCCUCCGUUUUCUGCUGGGCAUCUCACUGGAGUCCAAUCAGAGACUCCUACAAGGCCUACUGACACACACAGAGCGCAGCUCAGAAAGCAUCGACAAAAUGAUAACAUACAUACAGAAGCAAAUCAAAGGUGAAGAUGAGAUGGCAAUGGAGGAGAUGACAGUGAUGAUAAGGAUCAUAAAGAUGAUGAUGGAAAAAAUUAGACAAAGAAUGCACCUCCCUACAGACCGAUCCAUCAAUCUGUUUCUCUGUCUAACUGAAAUGAGAGACCAGUCUCUCUCUAGAGAGAUUCAGGAGUAUCUACAAUCAGAGAAACACAGAGAAACUGCGCUCUCACCUGGACAGUGUUCAGCACUAGCCUGUAUGCUUCUGAUAGCAGACGAGGUGCAGGAUGAGUUAAACCUGAAGAAGUACAACACAUCAGAGGAGGGUUAUAGGAGACUUAUUCCAGCUAUUACAAAAUGCAGGAAGGCUCUACUAGCUGGCUGUAGACUAACCAUGAACAGUUGUGAAACAAUGGCAUCAGCCCUACAAUCAGCAAAUUCCUCACUGAAAGAACUGGAUCUUACUAACAAUGGCCUGAAAGAUUCAGGUGUAAAGCUUCUAUCUGCUGGACUGAACAGUUCACACUGUAAAUUGGAGAUACUCAGACUGGCUGCCUGUAAUCUCACAACAAACUCCUGCGAAAUGAUCAGCUCUAGUCUUCAAUCAGCAAACUCCUGCCUAACGGAGUUGGACAUUAGUUACAAUGGCCUGCGAGAUUCAGGAGUAGAGCUACUCUCUGAUGGACUGAACUGUUCACACUGCAAACUGGAGAUACUCAGACUAGCGGGCUGUAAUCUCACUAUGAAAUCCUGUGAAACUGCCUGCUUCACUCUGAACUCAGCAAAUUCUUCCCUAAAAGAAUUAGACUUUAGUAACAAUGACAUACAGGACUCAGGAGUGGAGCAGCUCUCUGCUGGGCUGAAGAGUUUACACUGUAAACUGCAGAUACUCAGAUUGGCUAGCUGUAGCCUCACAGCGAGCUCCUGUGAAACACUCUGUGCAACUCUGAAAUCAGCAGACUCUUCCUUGAAAGAAGUGGACCUCAGUCACAAUGAUCUGCGGGACUCGGGAGUGAAGCAUCUUUCUGAUGGGCUGAGCAGUUCACAGUGUAAACUGGAGAUCUUCAGACUGUGUGGUUGCUUGAUCUCAGAGGAAGGCUUUUCUGCACUGGCUUCAGUUCUCAGCUUAAACCCCUCACACUUGAAAGAACUACAUCUGACCAACAACAAUCCUGGAGAAACAGGAGUGAAAUUGUUUUCUGCUGCACUUACGAUUCCACACUGUAAACUCGAGCUGCUCGGGUUAGCUUACUGCAGUCUCUCUGUGAAUUCUAUCCAAAUGCUUUCAUCAGCUCUGCAAUCAGCACACUCACCUCUGAGGGGACUGGACCUCAGUAACAAUGACUUGCAUGAUUCAGGAGUGGAGCUGCUCUGUGCUGGGCUGGAGAGCUCACGUUGUAAAUUGGAAAUAGUCAAACUGUCUGGUUGUUUGGUCACAGAGGAAGGAUGUUCUUAUCUGGCUUCAGCUCUGAGUUCAAACCCCUCACACCUGAAAGAACUGGAUCUGACCUACAAUAAUCCAGGGGAUACAGGAGUGAAUGUGCUCUCUGCUAGGCUAGAGGAUCCACACUGCAAACUGGAGACACUCAAGGUGGCACAUGGGGGGAAGAUCAGGAUCAGACCAGGCCUAAGUAAAUAUGCGUGUGAGCUCACACUGGACCCAAACACAGUACACAUAGAUCUCUCUCUUUCUGAGGGGAACAGAAAAGCAACAAGUGUGCGAGAGCAGCAGCCGUAUCCUGAUCAUCCAGAGAGGUUUGACGUCUGGUUGCAGGUGCUGUGCAGAGAGAGUCUGUCUGGACGCUGUUACUGGGAGGCUGAGUAUUCUGGGAGGGGGGCUGCAAUAGCUGUGACAUAUAAAGGAAUCAGCAGGAAAGGAGGUGGUGAUGACUGUAGGUUUGGAUACAAUGAAAAGUCCUGGAGGAUAUACUGCACCAAUAACACUUACUCUGUUUGGCACAAUAAGAAGAUCACAGACAUACCUUCCCCCAGAUCCAGCACCAAUAGAAUAGGAGUCUACCUGGACUGGCCUGCUGGCAUCCUCUCCUUCUACAUCAUCUCCUCUGACUCACACACACUGACACACGUGCACACAUUUCACACAACGUUCACUGAGCCCCUCUAUGGAGGAUUUUGGGUUGGUUUUGAUUCAUCAGUGUGGGUGUCUCAGAUAGAAUAGUCUCCUAUGUCAUGGAGUAAUAUGCGAUGUCUUCAGGUCUUUUUGGCUCAUGUUCAUGUUACACAGUUACCAAGUUUUCAAAUGUACAUUUCUUUUUUGUAUUAUUUUUUUAUUAUAAAUGUCUUGUAAUAUGUAAGACCACAAAUAAUUUUUUCCUUUCUAUAUUAGUUUAAAACAUUUUUUGUGGGGUGGUAUGUCUAGUAGCCAUAUGUAUAGAGUACAUGAGGCUUUGGUUGGGAGUGGUGUAGUUGAUUGAUUCCUCCCAUUUACUGAUGAUGUGUGAGAGUAUUCAGACUGUGCUGUGUGACUGGUUUCCAUUAGAAUUCUCUGUUGCUGCUUUUGAUACAGAGCAAAGUGCUGGGUAAUAUAGACAACAUUUUUAAAUAAUAACUAAAAUAUCACCAAGAACCUCACACAAAUUACUCUCUCUCUCUCUCUCUCUCUCUCUCUCUCUCUCUCUCUCUCUC